UCUAAAAAAUUUGAAAAGCGCGUCAUCUUGUUUGAAGUUUGCAGAGAAAGAACGCGAGAGAUGAUUUCCACAAUGAGUUGGGAAGAGAGCGACGAAUUUGAGAUCCCUCUUACCCAAACGACAACGAAUUUUCACGCCCUCGCUUCCAUUGACAACAAUCAACGUCCAUCCAAGAAACCUAAACGCAAAACGACGACGCUUGAUAGCAUUGGGAAGGAGAAUCUCCCUCCUUGCGAAAUUGAGAAUUGCAGCUUGGAUUUCAUUCCUUCCACCAUAGAUUGUGUUUCUCUUUGCAGCGCUCAACGUUCGGGACAAGAGGACACUGUUUCUUCUCCUUCCUCUUCCGAGUCUUUGUCGGAGCUGAAAACGAAAGGGAAUUAUCUCCGCAACUCGAUAGAGUCGAAGCUGGUGGUUUCGAGAACCGGCGCGGUUAACUGUGCAGAAGCAGAGUCUGAUUCGGAGCUUGGUCUGUUGCUGAAUUUGUGCGAGGAGUUAGAGGAAGUAGAUAGUUCCGUUCGGUGUCCUCUGUGUGAGGUUGAUAUUUCGAACUUGACUGAGGAACAGCGACAUCUUCAUACCAAUAAUUGUCUUGACGAAGGAGAUGAGGUUGCACUUCUUAAUGACGAGAAGGGUGCUCAACAUUUGCCAAAAGUUGCUUCUGUUCUUGAUUGGCUACGCGGGCUUGGUUUGGAGAAGUAUGAAGACGUUUUCGUUAGGGAAGAAGUUGAUUGGGACACCUUGCAGUGGCUCACGGAAGAGGAUCUCUUAAGCAUGGGUAUCACUGCACUUGGGCCGAGAAAAAAGAUUGUGCAUGUCCUGUGUGAACUUAGAAAAGGAAAUGCCCCUACAAAUGAGAAACAAGAGGAUGUUUUGGCAGAGCCUAGAAGGAUUAGAAACCAGAAAGUCAAAUUAAAACAUGACAAAUCUGAUAGCAAAGUUGAUGGCACUAGUAAACCAGUGGCAAACAAAUUAAUUACUGAAUAUUUUCCGGGCUUUGCUUCCAAAGAAAAGAAAGUUUCUGCUUCUCCCAGAGAACAACAGGAGAUGAAAAACAGUGGUUUGGAUUCUGGUCGUAAGCACAAAUCAAAAAAUAUGCCAACAAAUAGAAAGCUCCGCGAUGUUCCCAAAUGGUGUGCCGUACAAGGAACGCCUUUCCGAGUGGAUGCUUUCAAAUAUCUCAGAGGAGAUUGUUCCCACUGGUUUCUCUCACACUUCCACUUGGACCAUUAUCAAGGUCUCACUAAGUCGUUCAAUCAUGGAAAGAUCUAUUGUUCCUCCAUUACAGCUAGACUUGUAAAUAUGAACAUUGGGAUUUCAUAUGAUAAAUUACAUGUUUUGCCUCUGAAUCAAAAGGUAGAAAUAGCUGGUAUUGAUGUGACUUGCUUGGAUGCCAACCAUUGUCCAGGUUCCAUAAUCAUACUCUUUCAACCUCCGAAUGGUAAGGCGGUGCUUCACACUGGUGAUUUCCGCUUUAGUGAAGAAAUGGCAGUCAAUCCAUUACUGCAGAUGUGUCCUAUCAAUACUCUAAUCCUUGAUACAACAUACUGUCACCCACAGUAUGACUUUCCGAAACAAGAGGCUGUAAUACAAUUCGUUAUUGAUGCCAUACAAGCAGAAGCUUUUAAUCCCAAGACUCUUUUUCUGAUUGGCAGCUAUACAAUUGGUAAAGAAAGGCUAUUCUUGGAGGUUGCCCGUUCCCUUCGUAAAAAGGUUCACGUGACUGCGGCUAAGUUGCGUCUUUUAAAAUGUUUGGAAUUUAAUGAGGAGGAUAUGCAGUGGUUUACUUCUAAUGAACAUGAAAGCAACAUUCAUGUUGCCCCUAUGUGGACGCUCGCAAGCUUUAAAAGAUUGAAGCACAUAUCAAGUCAAUAUAACGGUCGGUACAAUCUUAUAGUUGCUUUCUCCCCCACUGGGUGGACGUUUGGCAAAGGUAAAAAGAAGUCUCCUGGAAGAAGAUGGCAGCAGGGUACAAUUAUUAGAUAUGAAGUGCCCUACAGUGAGCAUAGCAGCUUUACAGAACUCAAAGAGUUGGUAAAACUUGUAUCUCCUGAUAACAUUAUACCAAGUGUGAAUAAUGAUGGACCACAAUCUUCUGACGCAAUGAUUUCUCUAUUGUUAUCUUAAUUUGUUCACUAAAUGGGGUUUAGUCUACCAUUGUGAUUUGUGACGUGUACUGUAUGAUGAAUCUUGAAUAAAAGUCUAAUGAAUUUUGCCA